UUGAACUCCUAUAAAAAGCAAACUAAAAUGGCAAAGAGAGGGAGAGAUAUAGAAUAUAGUAGCCAUAGUGAAAGAGAAAUGGAGUUUACAACAAGUUGCAUCAUUUUCCUUCUCUUCUCAUUUCUCUUCUCCCUUCUAAUCUUAGUUCGAUCACUUACUAGAAAAAGUAACCAAAAGCAACUUCCUCCGGGACCCAAGGCUCACUUUCUCAUAGGAAAUUUAAUGGAGAUUGGUCAAAAUCUCCACCAAUCUCUGGCCAAACUUGCUGAGUCCUAUGGCCCUAUCAUGACCCUAAAACUAGGCCAAAUGACCUCAAUAGUGAUUUCCUCCCCAUCCAUGGCCAAGGAAGUCCUCCAAACUCACGAUCAAGUUUUAUGCGACCGAACGUUUCCCGAUGUAGCAACGGUUUAUAACCACCACAAAGUCGCAUUGGCCUGGCUUCCAGUGUGUGAUCUCUGGAGAACUCUUCGAAAACUAUGCAACAAUCACAUGUUUUCCCACAAGAGCCUCGACUCGAGUUACAUAAUUCGUCAUAAGGUAAUCCAACACCUUGUGGCUGAUGUUCGAAAAAGCGCUGCGAAAGGCGACACCAUAGACAUUGAAAGACUUGUAUUUUCGACCACUCUUGAUAUGCUUUCGAACAUGAUUUUUUCAAUAGAUUUGAGUAGUAAGUACUCAAAUAUUCAUAAAUGGGGGCAAGAUUUUAAGGAGACUGUUUGGGGGAUAAUGGAAGAGGCUGGAGGAUUAAACAUUGGAGAUUUUUUUCCAAUCUUGAAGAAGAUGGACCUCCAAGGAUGUCGAAAGCGCAUGAUGGUUCACAUGAACAAAUUUUUAGAUAUCAUUGAUGAAAUGAUUGAGAAGAGGAUGAAAGAGCCAAAAUUAGGAGAAGAUAUUGACAUGCUUCAAAACUUUCUCAACCUUGCCAAAGAAAGUGAAGAUCCCAAGUUUGACUUACAAUUGAUCAAGCAUUUGAUAUUGGUUCUAUUUCCAGCUGGAACCGACACGACAACGUCAACAGUAGAAUGGGCAAUGGCAGAGCUUCUAAGAAACCCAAAAAUGCUAUCAAAAGCCAAAACAGAGCUCAAAGAAGUGAUUGGAGAAGACAUGGAAAUGAAGGAAUCAGACUAUUUAAGGCUACCAUUUCUUCAAGCAAUCAUUAAAGAAACUCUAAGACUUCAUCCUCCAGCUCCACUUCUCUUACCACAUAAAGCCAAACACGACACAGAGAUCAUUGGUGGCUUUGAAAUUCCCAAAAAUGCUCAACUUCUUGUGAAUGUUUGGAAGAUUGGAAGGGACAAAAGUGUUUGGGAAGAUGCUGAUUUGUUUAAACCAGAGAGGUUUUUAGGGUUAGGAUCAAAAGUUGAUUAUAAAGGGAGGGAUUUUGAGUUGAUUCCAUUUGGUUCUGGAAGGAGAAUUUGCCCUGGUUUGCCUUUGGCUACCAAAAUGGUGCACUGGAUUCUUGGUUCUUUGAUUCAUUCAUUUCAUUGGAGACUUGAAGAUGGAAUUAAACCUGAAACUUUGAAUAUGGAAGAGAAGGUUGGAUUGACUUUGGUUAUGGCUCAUCCACCCAAGGCUAUCCCUUUCAAUCAAUGAUAUAUGCAUGUAUGUCAUUUAGAUUAUACCUGUGGCCACUGUUGAUAUGUUGGAAUGUAUGUAUGUGUGUUCUUAGCUAGUAGGUUGUGUUUGAUAACUAUUUUAGUAGCAAGUUUUAAUGAAAAUAAUGCUCGUUUGAUUACUAUUAUAAGUGGAGUCUUUGUGCUGGUUCGUGUAAAAUCCCACGGACUAUUUGAUUAU